CGGGGCGCCGAGGGUUUGGAGCGUCCGCAAGGAGCUGCUUCCAUUGUCGGCGGCCGGACGAUGGGUCCCUGCUCGCUGUCGCGCCUGGCGCUGGCCGUCUUCCUGCUGCACUGCUCGGGCCCAGCGGCCGCCGAGCUGACCAUUCCACGGAGCCUGGGCACCGGGGCAGGAGCGGGCCGGACCGGGGAGCACCUCCAGCUGGCGCUGCCGGCCUGGGGCACCGAGCUGGUGCUGUCGCUGAGGCGCGGGCUUCGCUUCUUGGCGCCGGCUUUCACCGUGGAGGAGCGGGGCCGAGGUAUCGGCCGUCUCCCCACCGAGCACCAUUGCUUCUACAGCGGCCACGUCCGCCACCGCCACCGCUCUUUCGCCUCCCUAAGCACCUGCCAGGGAUUGUUGGGAUAUAUCCAGAUCGGUGAUGAUCUACUGUCAAUUGAACCUGUAAACAAAAUCAACUCCUCGUUCAGUGGAGAAGUUCAUCGGAUCUACAGGCACAGACGGUCCCUCGCAUCCAAAAAGAAUCACAUCUCUGAUUUCUGCAAGGUGAUCAAAGGAAGACAGAAGCUGAAGAGAGCAGCUGACCACCGGCCCAGGAGAAAUGCCAUUCGAUUAACAAAUGAGUACACAGUGGAGACGUUGGUGGUGGCGGAUUCUGACAUGGUGGAGUAUCACGGUGCAGAGGCAGCUCAGCGAUUUCUGCUCACUGUCAUGAAUAUGGUAUACAACAUGUUUCAGCAUCACAGUCUGGGAAUUAAGAUCAAUAUUCGAGUCACCAAACUAGUUUUGCUUCACAACCGUCCGGAGCAGCUGUCGAUUGGUCACCAUGGAGAGAAGUCACUGGAGAGCUUCUGCCAUUGGCAGCACAGAGAGUUUGCAGCACGAUACCUGGGGAAUAACCAGGUGCCCGGUGGGAAGGAUGACUAUCCAGCUGUGGAUGCUGCUGUAUUCGUAACAAGGACUAACUUCUGUGUGCAUAAAGAUGAGCCCUGUGAUACUGUGGGAAUUGCGUACCUGGGAGGAGCUUGCCACCCGAAGCGCAAGUGUGUGCUUGCUGAAGAUAACGGCCUUAGCCUGGCCUUUACCAUUGCCCAUGAGCUGGGCCACAACCUGGGGAUGAGCCAUGAUGAUGAUCAUUCUUCCUGUGCUGAAAAUUUCCACAUUAUGUCCGGCGAGUGGGUCAAAGGGAAGAACCCAAGUGAUCUCUCCUGGUCUGCCUGUAGCCAUGACGACUUGGAGAACUUCCUAAGAUCAAAGGCUAGUUCUUGCCUCUUGGAGACUGACCCAAGAAGUCAUCAUGCAACAAGACUCCCACCAAAAUUGCCAGGCAUGCAUUACAGCGCUGAUGAACAGUGUCAGAUUCUCUUUGGAAUCAACGCAACUUUCUGUAAAGAAAUGGAGCAUACGAUGUGCUCUGGUCUCUGGUGUCUGGUGGAAGAAGACUUACCAUGCAAAACAAAAUUGGAUCCUCCGCUAGAUGGGACAGAGUGUGGUGUUGACAAAUGGUGCAGGGCAGGGGAGUGUGUCAGCAAAACGCCACUCCCUGACCAUGUGGAUGGUGACUGGAGCAGCUGGAGCCAAUGGAGUAUGUGUAGCCGCACCUGUGGAACCGGAGCCAGGUUCAGGCAGAGAAAAUGUGACAACCCUCCUCCAGGUCCAGGAGGGACGAACUGCCUGGGAGCCAACGUAGAGCAUAAGGUGUGUGAGAAUGUACAUUGUACUAAAGGAGUGCCCAACUUUAGAGAUCAGCAGUGCCAGUCCCAAGACAGACAAGGUCAAAAGAAGAGAAAACACUGGACCGCAGUCCUCAAUGACGACAUGCCUUGUGCUUUGUUUUGCUCCCCCUUUGGGAAGGAGUCUCCCGUUCUGAUUGCUGACAGAGUUCUGGAUGGCACUCCCUGUGGGCCCUAUGAGACUGACCUCUGUGUGAAUGGCAAGUGCAAGAAAAUCGGCUGUGAUGGAAUCAUUGGAUCUGCAGCAAAAGAGGAUCGUUGUGGGGUGUGUAAUGGCGAUGAUAAGUCCUGCAAGAUCAUCAAAGGGGAUUUCAAUCAAAGCCGAGGAAUGGGUUACGUUGAAGCUGCGGUGAUCCCUGCUGGUGCCAGGAGGAUAAGGGUGGUGGAGGAGAAACCAGCGCACAGUUUCCUAGCUUUGAAAGAUUCCACGAAACAGUCUAUCAACAGUGACUGGAAGAUCGAGUUGCCUGGUGAAUUCCCAAUGGCAGGAACCACAGUACAUUAUGUGCGACGGGGUCUCUGGGAAAAGAUGUCUGCCAAGGGACCAACCAAAACACCGCUUCAUUUAAUGGUGCUGUUAUUCCAUGAUCAAAGCUAUGGCAUUCACUAUGAAUACACAAUCCCAGUGAACAACUCCGUCGAAGGCAGCGGUGAGGUGCAAAAACCACUGGAACCACUUUAUUUGUGGACAAACACUGGCUGGGGAGACUGUAGCGUACAGUGUGGAGGAGGUGAGCGCAGAACAAUUGUCCGUUGCACCAAGAUUGUAAACAAGACGUUGAGAGUAACAAAUGACAGUGACUGUCAGCACCUACCUCGUAUAAAUCCACAGGUUCGGAGAUGCAACAUCCAUCUAUGCCAGUCCUGGUGGGUGGGAGGCAAUUGGUCUCCCUGUUCCAGCACCUGUGGGAAGGGAAUUCAGGUUCGCAAUGUGACCUGUGUCUAUCAACUACAAAAUGGCACUUACUUUAACACAAGAAGUCUCUAUUGCCUUGGUCCAAAGCCAUCAGCAGUACGGGGCUGCGAAGGCCGUGAGUGUCUCACCAUGUGGGAAGCCUCGGAAUGGUCAAAGUGUUCAACAGACUGUGGUCGAGGAAUCCAUCUCAGGACAGUGAAUUGCACCAAUCCUCAAAGAAAAUGUGAUCUUGCAACUAAGCCCAGAGAGGAGGAGGAGUGUGAGGACCAUUCCAACUGCUACAAGUGGCGGACUGGAGAAUGGUCGAAGUGUUCCUCCACGUGCGGGAGAGGCUUGCAGUCACGAGUGGUUCAGUGUAUGCACAGAAUUACCGGUCGCCACGGCAAUGAAUGCCCUUCUUUAACCAAACCACCAGCUUACAAGCAAUGCCACCAGAAACCCUGCGAUGGAAGUGUCGUCAUCAACAGAGUCACGCCGUCCAGGCUUGCUUCCCUCACGUACAAGUGCCUGGGAGACGACUGGGCAGUGUACUGCAGGCUCAUCCGGGAGAAGACCCUGUGUCAGGACCCACGAUGGUAUCAACGCUGCUGCCACUCCUGCAGAGACUUCUACUCAAACAAGCUGCACCGCGGCCCAGAAUCGCACAUCUUAUUGCAACAGUGAGAUAAUUUAAGAAGAGUUUUUCUCCGUCUCAUCCUGAACAGAAUUGGGGGAUGCACGGUUUUCAAAACUGGAAGAGAACAGUGCUUAGGAAGCUGCAGACUCCACAGCAUCCUUGCCCCCACCUUGUAGAUUUGGAGUUUGCUGCACAAGCUGCUGUUACAGUGUUGGAAGCUGAGCCAGUGACCUACCCAAGGAGCCAUGUCAGUGGGUUCUGCACCUGUCUAUCACUGCAGCAUCAGCCACAUGGCUUUAACUAGUGAGAGAAAUAAGCUUAAACAGUAACUCCUUUUUCACUAAUGAGAAAUGAUGCUUAUUGCCUCUUGCUGCAUUUUUGUAGAGUUAAUAUCGUGCACUUGAACUGUCGCCAGCAAAUGAUAGCGCUGGAAGAUUCAGCGCUUCAAUGCACCUUCAGGAGGAAAUGUGCUCAGAAUCUCAAUCCACUGUUUGUUUCCCCUCUCAUAGUUCUGGAAAAUAUGAAUAACGUAUUAAAAAGCCUUGGCAUCCAGACUAUCGAUCAAACCACUUGCUUCAAGAGAAUUUGCAGCUUGAUAACUUCAUUUAUAGCGAUAAGUAUUUACAGUUUGUAGCAAGACAAAGGCAAACUUGAAUGAUUCUCUUUAACCUUUUCACGACUGUUCUGCUUUAGGCCAGCCCACCCUCCUUGAAUUGCAGCACGAGUCCUGUCUGCUGGUUCAUGGAGCCCAGAGAAGGACAGGCCACAGCCUCUGUGUGCACAGUUUACACUCUGCUGGUGAUUAGAAGCAACUGCCUGUGAAUUUCUGACUUCUAGUAGCAAUAGGAUUCAACGCUGCUUCCUUUUUAGUUCUGUACUGCGGUGGGUGUACUGGGCUGUAUGGGCCUAUCGGCUUACCAUUCUGGUGCCAAAUGCUUCCGCUUGCGUUGGAGGCCAGUGCCCUUGGGUGCAAGCUGAUGUUCCCCACUGCCACUCACAGGUGUGACCCCUGUAGGACUUCAUGGUGAGGAAGAGGAAUCAGCACAGCAAUGUACCGAUGUGUCUGGUCUGAAAACAGCUGUAUCUGUACCAUAAUACCACAAGACCAUAAGACAUAGGAGCAGAAUUAGGCCAUUCGGCCUGUUAAGUCUGCUCUACCAUUCUAUCAUGGCUGAUUUGUUAUUCUUGUCUACUCCAUUCUUCUGCCUUCUCCCCAUAACCUUUGACCCCCCGUCUAAUCAAGAACCCAUCAACUUCCGCUUUAAAUAUGCCCAGUCACUUGGCCUCCCUAGCCAUCAGUGGCAAUAAAUUCCAUAGAUUCACCACCCUCUAAAGAAAUAUCUGUUUUAAAGGAAUAUCCUUCUAUUCUGAGACUGUGCCCUCUGGUCCUAGACUCCCUGACUGUUGGACUCUCUCCAUACCUACUCUUAUCAAUAUUCAAUCAGUUUCAAUGAAAUUCCCUUCAUUCUUCUGAACUCCAGCGAGUACAAGCCCACAGCCAUCAAAUGCUCCUCGUACGUUAUCUACCAAUUCCUGUGAUUCUGGUACAGAUCUCACCCUCUAUGUGGGCCAGCACAGCAGGUCACUGACUGGCAGGCACAUGUUGCUCCAGAACAUCACUGUCUAGGAUUCCAAAAACUGGACACCAAUACCGCAUUGCUGGAAUGGUUGUCCCUUAAACUAUACUGUAUACCAACUGGUCUUAUCAUGGAGCUCCAAGGGAGUUUGGUCAACAGUAAAUUUGGUUAUAUUUCAGAUGUUGGCUUUUAAAGAGCUGCAGUCCAGCACUGAGGUGCUGAUAUUAUGGGCCGGAGCUUUCUCUAAUGAUUCACAAUUGGACAGGGGAGAUGUUUAGACCGCAUUUCAUUUCCUUAGCUUCCUCAUCCCUUGGUGGGUGUGAACCAGUACUGUGCUGUACAUAUCUCAUGCCACUGCACAGAUCUCUGGCAUGGACUGUCGUCUGUUGAAUAAAUCUGGGUUGUGGACUCUGCAAAAUGCUCAUGUCUCAGAAGUAUCAGUCUAAGUCCUAAGCAUAGCCUUUCCCCCCGCUGAUUAAAGACUAUAAGUUCUUUUGCUCAACAGCUAAAAAAAUUAUACUUUAUACUUUAUUAGUGUUGUGCAGUUGAAAAAAAUAUCAGCUUAACCUAAAGUGGAUCAAUGCUACGCACAUUUCAGAUCUUCUCUUACGCUCGUACCUUUAUACUGGCACAAAACUCUCCCAAACUGCAGUAACAAUAGAGCAAGACAUAGAAAUUACGUAAUCCCUGUGUCAUAUUUAACCUUGUUGAUCUGAAAACCAGUUCUCUUUUAGCCUCAUACCAGCCAGCUUUGCUAAUACAGUAUUCCCUGAAACUGUGCUACUUGGAGAUCUAACACCCAAACUGCUUUCCUUGUUCUGACUGAAAUACUGAAACCUGUGACUUCCUAAAGCCUGGACCGCUUGCCCAUGAAGUCAGGUACUUGCUCAGAUUCCCAUUGCAGUCACACACUUACACAUUGUAUAGAGCUACUCUACCCACACGGGUACUCAAUACACAGAUGAACAUACCCUACGUCACUCUCCUCGCAGGCACAUACGUUGGCUCACAUACGUCCAGACUCGCAUACAACAUACAUACCUACACAGACACAUACACACACUCAUGCAAACACCAACCCUCACACAACACAUACAUCGACACUGACACAUGCAACAUAUGCAUUUACAUGGAUCAACACCUUUGCAUACACCACAGUUCUACAACUAUAAAUAUUCUCAUAUACAACCCAAACAUACUCAGCUGAAACCUCGACUUCUAGCUGUGGUUUUAUAUUUGUUUGAUUUAUUUAUGAUAAAGAGGGUAAAUUUUCCACUUCCACAUUCCUGGCACUGACUUCAGUUUAUAUUGGGAAGGGUUACCAUGAUCAGCCAAUCACAGAAGCUAGCAAACUUCCAGCAAGUGAGCACCUGUCUCUCGGGCUCCUUUGCUUCCCAAUCUGUUAAGAAUUCACACCUUAUGCAACUCUAUGAAAACCAGACGUGGAUGCCCUCUAUAUCUCUGGCUCAGCUUAGCCACUGAGUCUACUUCAAAUCCGUUAGGUAUCAGUGGUGAAAAGGUUAUUCUCUUUCUUUGUGUGGCGGAGCUUGCAAGCUGCAACAUUAUUUGCUGUUUAUUUUAAUGGUGCUAUUUUUUGCAACAAUGACUUGUUUUAUUUCAGUCUUACACAGUAGGCAAUGUAUAAUUGUACUGUUAAAUAUUAAUUGCACAAUUGACUGCCACUAUAUUCCACAUGGUGCUAUCUUAUUAGAACAAUAAUCUCUGUCAGAAGGUGUUUGUAUUAGCAUAAUGUGAUACUGAGAUAUAUUCAUUAUGUCUAGCUUUUUAUUGCAGAGUGAAAUGUUACGUUGGCAGUUUUGCCAACACAGGUACUGUAUCAAUGACCUACAGUGUAUUUAUGGAUUUCAUGAGGCAGAGAAUAUUGAAAAUGCUUGAGAAAUUGUAACAAGACUAAUGA